UUAGCCAAAGCAUAGCCGUUGUUGCACGUAUUUAUAUAAUUGUCUUGUUCCUAAAACACACUGCUACUUGCGAGUUUUGUUGUGUAAGUGUACACAGUGUUUUUAACUUUCCUAAACAAUAUCUAUCGCAUUCAAAAUUAAGGAAGAUCGAUAAUGUCAUCGAAAUUCAACAAAAACGGCAUUAUCUUCGGGUACAUCGAUGCCUUCUGCUUGGUGUGCGAGAGCAAUGUCCUCACCGGGGAGAAUGAGAUCGAGGCGCACAUCGGCUUGCAUGCGCAUAAAAAUAACAUGAACUCUGCACAACUGGUUGAGGAACUUAAAGAAGACCAUAUACUGAAGGUCAAAAAAGGUUACUUCUGUAUGCUAUGCAACGUUAUAUUCACAUCGCUGGUCAAAGUAGCUUUACAUGUUGCCGAGAAACAGCACAAAUCACGCCUGUUGAGACGUACUGGACAUUUGAUUCAUUUUGGCGAAGUGUUGAUCGACGAGACAGCAUGGCAGGGCCUCGUAAAGGAUAUGUGUGCUGUCUGCAACGCGGAAUUUGUUAACGAAUCCGAGCAUCUUGCAGAGCCCUCGCAUGCUCUGAAUUUGGUGAAGAAUAACGUAGAAUUUUACAGAGAACAAAUAUAUCGCAAGAUCGAUGACACAACAUUCCAAUGUAUAACAUGUAACACAGUGUUAAUGCUGAGUGACAUCGUUACACACUUCGAAGAUUCAAAACACAUUGAUAUAUUACAAAAUUGCAAAUCCAAAUUAGUUAAUGAGACGUUUGAAAGUAACGAUACUCAAGCUUUAGACACACCAAACGAUUGCGGUAAAAGCAGCAGCAGUGAGGCAUUAAAUUCCGCUGAAGGGUCUAUCGAUGAAUAUGACCCAUCACCUGUUUGGGCUUUAGAUGAUACCCUUACAGCCUUAGACGAUACAGUUACAGCCACUUCAGAAAACAAUGCAUCGAAAAUAUUAGAAUCAGUCACUUCGUUUGAAAAGAACGAGGUAAACAUUAACUUUGAAAACGAGACUGCUUUAUGCAAGAAAUGUCUGGGAAACAUUGAUUUUGAGUAUAAUUCUAUUGAAAGUCAUAUCGAAGAACACAAAAGAUAUCCAAAGAAGCGGAAUGUUGCCUAUGUUCAUUUUCCUUGCGAAGCGGACAUGAGAAUUCACAGACCAACGGCGACUGCAAAAAUGAUACCAGUGGCCUCUUCAGUCGGCAACUGCAGCAACGAAAAUGUUAAAAACAAAAUCGUUCCUCGCUUAAAUAAGCACCGAAAUGAAAACACAACUGAAUCCGAUAAUUCUGGGAUAGUAAAUGAUCAACAUACAAAUAAUAAUGAGCAAAAAGAUGAUGAUCUAGAAGCAUUUGCAAAACAAAACCAAUUUACACUACAUUCAGGAAAGCAUAGUGCUUUUUGCAAACUGUGCGGAACCAAUGUGCCUUCAUCCUUGAAGGCUAUGAAAGAACACAUGGAAGGAAAUGGGCAUCGGAGCAGAAUGGCUUCCAGUCGGUCCCACAGUCGGUCCCGGUCGUCCUCAUCUACCCGCGAACAAGAUUUCCGUAAGAUGCCCACGGAAGACUACAUAGAUGAACUUUUGACCAUCGAAAAUUUAUUUUUGGGCCAUGUCAAAAUAGUAAAUGACAAGUUUUGCAUUAGACCGUCCAGUUUUCAUCUGAUUACUGAAAACGGAGGCCGAGUAAGAUGUCAACUCUGCGAGAUAACGAUCGCCCCCUGGGAAAAUACCGCGCAUAUAAAUUCAGUCACCCACCAAAGGAGAUUCAAGAAGGUUCCCGUAUUAUGGACGAUUGCUUCCGAGUUCGUCAGAGAAGUUCGCCCUGGUCUAUUUCACUGCGGCUUUUGCAACAUAAUAGAGGCAGGUGUGAAGCCGCUUGAAAACCACUUCAGAAGUUCAGAGCAUCAGGUGCGGAAAGAGAGCGCGAAGACUACACUCGCACGGCACCGGCCAGCCAUAGAGCGCUUCAAAAUCGAAAGUUUUCUGGCUAGAAUGUUUGGGAGAAGUACUUAUUGGUUCUAAUAAUCAAGGAAAUUCGUAAAACUGAAAUUUAACUUUGCUUGUUUAUAAUAUGUGGCAUCAAAUUAAAAUCAUAUUUGUAAUUUAACAUCAAAUUAUAAAAAGAACAAUUUAUUGUUUUUAGGGCUGAUUUUUCAAUCGUCGGGUAACUUUUAAUCGAAGAAUAAGUUUGGCACUUUGACAGUUUCAGUAUGGGAAAUAUGUCAAAAUGACAAGUUUAUUCUUCAGAUAAAAGAUAUCUGACGAUUGAAAAAUCAGCCCUUACUAUAUUAAAUGGGGUGAAAUUAUUUCAAUACUUGCCCAUUCUUGAUUUGAAUUUUUAGUUAUAAUUGUGUAUUAAUUAUUUAAUUACUAAACUUGAUUUUUAUAAUAAGUAUAAUUAUUCAAUGUUAGUUGAUUUUGGAUUGAAAUUAUAAUUUACUGUUAAUCGCAA